AUGGCGCUAGGCGUUCGGUCGUGCGUUUCCGGUAAGCUGACGAUCAAGGACAUGGAUUUCGACGUCGCCUUGGAGAUGAUCAACUACAUGUAUUGCGGCCGAUGCGACAAGAUUGGUGAGCUGGGCGCCGACCUACUGGUGGCCGCCGAUAAGUACAGCCUGCCGGAUUUGAAAUUACGAUGUGAGAAGGCGCUGAUCUCGGCAUUGAACACCGAGAACGCUUGCGACCUGCUGAUCAUGGCCGACACUCAUUCGGCUAGUCGCCUGAAGGAGAAAGCGAUCGAGUUCUUCGUCACGCACUCGUCUCCGAUCACACAGACCCCCGGCUGGCAAAUGAUAUUGCGACAGCGACCGGAUCUGAUCACAGAGGUGGUGCGUUCGUUCGUCAACCCGAGAGCCGAGACUGAGGCGAUGUCAUCGUAA